GAUAUGGCUACAGCAAUCGGAAUAGAUUUGGGAACCACGUACUCGUGUGUUGGCGUAUUUCAGCACGGAAAGGUGGAGAUCAUAGCAAAUGACCAGGGGAACAGGACCACGCCUAGUUAUGUGGCGUUCUCAGAAACGGAAAGAUUAAUAGGAGACGCGGCAAAAAAUCAGGUUGCCAUGAAUCCUGAAAACACAAUAUUUGAUGCGAAAAGACUGAUUGGACGAAAGUUUGAUGACCAGACGGUGCAGUCGGAUAUGAAGCAUUGGUCAUUUAGAGUUGUUGAUUGCGGCGGUAAACCAAAGCUACAGGUACAAUGUAAAGGCGAGACCAAACAGUUCAACCCCGAGGAAGUUAGCUCCAUGGUAUUGACAAAACUGAAGGAAACUGCUGAGGGAUAUCUGGGUCAAAAGGUUAAAAAUGCCGUCAUAACGGUACCAGCCUAUUUCAACGACGCUCAGAGACAAGCAACAAAAGACGCUGGCUUCAUCGCUGGACUUAAUGUCCUGAGGAUCGUCAACGAACCGACUGCCGCUGCUCUAGCAUAUGGCUUGGACAAAAACUUGAAAGGUGAGAAAAAUGUUCUCAUCUUUGAUUUGGGCGGGGGAACGUUCGAUGUAUCUGUUCUGAGCAUUGACGAGGGUUCCAUGUUUGAAGUGAGGUCCACCGCCGGGGAUACCCACCUCGGCGGGGAAGAUUUCGAUAACAGGGUCGUAAGCCAUUUCAUACAAGAGUUCAAAAGGAAGCAUGGUAAAGACAUGAGCAAGAACAGUAGAGCUGUCAGAAGACUGCGCACAUCGUGCGAACGCGCCAAGAGGACACUGUCGAACAGUAGCGAAGCCAGCAUUGAAAUAGACGCUUUGUUUGAUGGUGUUGAUUUUUACAGUAAACUGACGAGGGCGAGGUUUGAGGACUUGUGUGCUGACCUUUUCCGUGCCACUCUGUUACCGGUGGAAAAGGCGCUCGUGGACUCCAAGUUAGAUAAAUCAAGGAUUCACGAGGUCAUUCUCGUAGGAGGCUCCACACGUAUACCGAAGAUUCAGAAGCUGCUCCAGGAAUUCAUGAAUGGUAAACCACUUAACAAAUCAAUCAACCCUGACGAAGCGGUAGCAUACGGUGCCGCCGUUCAGGCCGCCAUUCUUACUGGCGACAAAAGUGACGUCAUUAAAGAUGUUCUGCUAAUGGACGUGACUCCCCUAUCAUUGGGAAUAGAAACAGCGGGAGGUGUGAUGACGAACUUAAUAAACCGUAACUCAACCAUCCCGACAAAGACAUCCAAAACAUUCACGACAUACUCGGACAACCAGCAAGGCGUCCACAUUCAGAUUUUCGAAGGAGAACGUGCUAUGACCAAAGACAAUAACCGGCUUGGAAAAUUCGACCUCGACGGUAUCCCCCCAGCUCCACGCGGUGUACCUCAGAUCGAGGUCCAAUUCGACAUUGACGCGAACGGAAUCCUAAACAUCACCGCUGCAGAGAAAAACAGUGGUAAGACAAAUAGGAUUACUAUCACCAAUGACCAGGAACGUCUCAGUAAAGACGAAAUCGAAAAAAUGGUUGCCGACGCGGAGAAAUAUAAAGAUGAGGACGACAAACACAGGCAGCGAAUUGCCGCAAGGAACCAGUUUGAGAAUUACGUUUUCAGUGUAAAAACGGCGAUAGAAAAUGCGGGCGAUAAACUUUCUGCGGAAGAAAGAGCUACUGUCAGCCAGAAUUGUGACGAACAAAUCAAGUGGCUCGACAAUAACACAACAGCAGAUGUAGAUGAAUUCGAGUACAAACUGAAGGAAUUUCAAAACCUGUGCACACCUGUCAUGACUAAACUUCAUGGGGGUGCCCCACAGGGUGACAGUGGGAAGGCUACCGAUAGUAAGAGUGGUGGUCCUAUAAUAGAGGAACUGGAUUGAGCGCACUGACUGGA